AUGGAAAAAUGCCUAGAAAACACUGAAACUUGCAUUCAGAAUAAUCACACCUAUGAUCAGUAUGAAUUUUCGAUCGAGAGCUCGUCAGCUCCAGAAUGUUUUCCGAUGAAGGAGGAAGAUAUUGACUUCACUCUUGUCACCCAGCUCUCUUUCAACAGACUCUCGAUGAUGAGACAGCAUUGCGAGCGCUGGGGGGAUCAUCCCAUUUCUCUUGCAAUUGGUACGACAAAAAAUCUCGAGACUGUACAAAAAGCCUUGUCCCAGUUGGGGUGUAAAAAUGAAAUGAUCACAGUGAGCCUUAUUAGCGACUUCAAUUCGGAAGAAGAGUACCCUGUGAAUCGACUUCGCAACCUUGCCAUGUCUCACAUCAAAACAAGCCACGCUGUCAUCAUUGACGCUGAUUUUGUUCUCUCAGUGGGUCUCUUUGAAAUUCUCCAUAUGCAUCGUGCAACUCUUGCUGCUGACUACUUGAAUGCGUUGGUGAUUCCUGCUUUUGAGCUUCGAAAAGUAUGUGAAGAGCAAACCCUUAAUUGCACAGCUCUUCAUAUAGCUAUGCUUCCUCACAACAAGGACGAGCUCCUAAAACUGUAUAGAGGGGCAACAGAGGUGUACAGCAACUCAUCCAGUGUUACACAAUUCAACGGAAGGGGCAACUUUCAUGGUCAUGCUAGUACGCGUUACACCGACUGGAUUACUCAGCCGGCGGAACAGCUUCUACCUAUUGAGUGUGUGACUUCCGAUCGCUAUGAGCCGUACCUUGUAGUCCGUCAUUGUCGAGCUCUUCCACCCUUUCAAAAGGUUUUUGUUGGCUAUGGCCAGAAUAAAAUCACGUGGUUGCAGCAAGUUCGAAGAGCGGGGUACAAGUUCUUUCAGACAGGAGAAGGAUUUGUCAUUCAUUUGCCACACAGAAAGUCGGUUUCAUCUGUCAAGUGGAAAAAAGCUCGUCUCAAGGACCGGGGAUCCGUUGAGGUCGAGAAAGUUGCAGAAGCCUUUCGUGCAUGGAUGACCGAGUAUAUUCCGGACAACUCUCAAAUACCGUACUGUUCCUGAGUAUGAAUGUACGCGACGCAGCCUGUAUAUCUGCUCGUGUUUUUCUGUUGGUUGUGGACUUUUCUAGUGAUUACUUAUAUUUGCAAAAUACUGUCACGAGUGUUGGAAAUGAAGCUUGUUUAUUUUCUAACUUUUUGACUGGGAAUACGAGUACCUUACUUUUGCAUCAAUGCCAUAGCGUUAACAG